AUGGCUGAUAGUGAUGAGUAUACAUAUGAAAUAAUCGAUAAUGAAUCCGAUGCUCGAGAUUGUGCUCAGUUAUUAGCUGAAGAAUUUGUUUUACACAAUUCAAUUGAUAUUUACCAUCGUAUGUCGAUUCAACAAUAUUAUGAUAUAUUAAUGUGGCCAAUGUUAAAAGAAGUACUUAAUGAACGAUUAUCAUUUCUGUCUCGACAUCAAUCUUCAGGUGAAAUUGUUGGUGUCAUUCUUGCAGGUGAUAUGUAUUUACAUCAGCAAAAGCAUCCAUAUGAACCUAAUAGUCCUCCACAAUGGAUUCCUCUUGAUGAUUUACUUGAUGAAAUGGCCCAUGAGUUCAUUUGUCACGAUUUUAAUCAAGAAUUAACAUCUGGAAUAUUAUUGCACAUAGCACUCGGUGCUACUCGAGUAUCUCAUUCAGGCAAAGGUAUUGCUACGAAAUUACGGAAAACAUUAUAUAAUUAUGCACGAGAUAUUCGUAAUUUUCAUUAUGCAUUUGUUCAAGUUAAUAGUGAAGCUACACGUCAUAUUUAUUUGAAUAUAUUACAAGGAAAAGAAUUAGCAGUAGUCAAUCCAACGACAUGGUUAUGGAAGAAGAAAGAUGAUGGAUUGUCCUGUCCUUAUAAGAACUAUAAAGGUGAAUUAAUAUCCAAUAUUCUUAUUAAACUUACAAAAUGA